AUGCUGCACCUCCUACCGCUUUCGACGAUCCUUCUCCUCCUCCGCACGAUCGUCGCAAACCCCAUAUCCACCCCACAAUCACAACCCCUCCCCCUCCUCAUCUGGCACGGCCUAGGCGACAACUACGCAGCCGAAGGCCUCCACACCGUCGGCGACCUCGCAAACGCCACCAACCCCGGCACCUUCGUGUACUACAUCCGGCUCGACGAGUCGCCCGACUCCGACAAGACCGCGACUUUCUUCGGCAACUUGACUGAACAAGUUGCUCAAGUCUGCGACGAUCUUGCAAACCACCCGAUCCUAUCCACCGCACCGGGUGUCAAUGCGCUGGGCUUCUCGCAGGGCGGACAGUUCCUGAGGGGCUUUGUGGAGAGGUGUAACUUCCCGCCAGUGAAGAAUCUAAUCACAUUUGGAAGCCAGCAUAAUGGGAUUGCGAGGUAUCAGAUUUGCGGGGCGACCGACUGGUUGUGUAAGGCGUAUAUCGGGUUGUUGAAAGCGAACACCUGGGGCGCAUGGGUGCAGUCGCAUCUUGUGCCUGCGCAAUAUUUCCGAUCUACGAAUGAUACGACGGGCGAACCUACGGAGGAGUAUCUGGAAAGCUCGAACUUUUUAGCCGAUAUCAAUAACGAGCGCAAACUGAAGAAUACUACCUACGCGAAGAACCUCGCGAGUCUGGAUAAGUUCGUCAUGUAUCUGUUUGACGAGGAUACGACGGUAAUACCUAAGGAAAGUGGAUGGUUCGCGCAUGUCAAUGGGAGUAGUGGAGAGGUUACGGACUUGAAGGACCGAGAUAUUUAUAAGGAGGACUGGAUUGGGUUGAAGAAGUUGGACGAGAAGGGUGGGCUGGAGUUUAAGACGACGGAGGGUGGGCACAUGCAGCUGGACGACGAGAUGCUUAUGGAUGUGUUCAAGACGUACUUUUCGCCCGAGAAAGCUAGCUGGGCUGGACCUACGGACAAGGUACAGGAGCAGGUGGAGUUGUAG